AUGAAGUUCGCUACCAUUACCACUGUCCUGACAGCCGCGGGUACUGCCUGCGCUGGUCUCAUUCCCGGCGGCAACGGCGGUUACAAAAACCCAUUCAGCCCCAUCCCAGGCUACCCCAUCGGCAAUGGCCUUUGCUUGACGGACCAGCGAGCUCAGUUCAUUGUCGAUGCCUUCAAGACCAUCCUCACUGCGCAAGACCGUAAGGUCGCAAACGAUGUCGCUCAGACCCUGAUUGCGGACGGUUAUGUUGAGGAGUCUGACUCGAUCAACUUCCUCGCCGGUUAUCCUCUUGGUGGCCCCUCCUUCAGCGGCAAGCAAACCUACAUUGCCGGUGUUGUCAACGCCCCGGCCAUCCCUGGAAUGGACACCUUGGAUAUCUUUCACGACUGCACCCAUAUUGCGUGGAGGUGGAAUGUGCCUCACUUGGGGUUGAACAAGUAUCCAGUCAAGGGCAUCAACCACUUUACGGUCACCCAGCCAAACAAGGGGACCGUCAUUCAGGACAACCUGGAGUUCAACUCCAUUGCUUGGGGUCAGGACAUUGGCUGGACUUGCCAGCCUCCUGCCGGCGGUCCCAGCAACUGA